UCCCUCUGUCGUUGCGACAAGAUCUUGCACCUUCCGUCUUUGCGACAAGAUCUUGCACCUUCCGUCUUUGCGACAAGAUCUUGCACCUUCCGUCUUUGCGGCAACAUCUAGUCCCUUCCGUCUUUGCGGCAACAUCUAGUCCCUUCCUGCUCUGAAGGUCCGCUUGUUGCUUUCUUCACCAAGCCAGAGCAUCAUCAUGGGCUACAGUUCGGCGUCCGAGGGCGAAAUCGUCCAAGACAAGGCAACUAGAUCGCGAGCUCCCCCAGCUAGAGACAGCGCAAUUGACCGCAGAAGCAGACCUCGAUCACCGCCGUCGAGGUACAACGACAGGCCUCGCAACAACCAACACUCGAACUCCUCGUCAUCAUCAAACAAGCGCCCGUACGCCCACCGCUCGAAUCAAUACCCGGAUCAACACACGUAUUCACAGCAUUCCGAUCCCCAUGCCUACUCUCGCUACCCAGAUGAACGCCACUCCCGCUACAACCAAGAGCCUCCAGAGAAACGCCAUCGCCCUCACAGGUCCCCGUCGCCUGCUCGACAACGCGCCCGCCAGCCCUCACCUCCGCCUGCCGUAUUGGAUGAACCAGAGGAGCCCGCCGUCGAUGAGGCCAAGCUGAUCGAAGACCGUCGCAAACGACGUGAGGCCUUGCGUGCAAAGCACCGCGGCCAACCACAGCCUCUGCUCCAGCAGGCUCUCCAUGUUGCUACGCCCUCCGAGUCCGACUCCGUCAUGGCCUCUCCCGGUGCUUCGCUGCCUUCGUCUCCCGCAUCUGCCGUCUCAUUUUCCAUCACCAACGAUCAAGAUCUUGCAAACCCCGUCAAUGCGAAUCCAGACUCUCCUGCCGCACUGAAUGCCCCGUCAGCCGCUGAUUACGACCCCACCAUGGACAUGCAAGAAGACAGGCUCAAUGCUCAUCUCUCAGCUGCUACCUACGACGAGACCAAGGACAAAGACCCCGAACCUGCUAAGCCACAGGCUGUCCCGGAGGAGUUGGAUAUGUUUGCAGACGAAGAAAAUGACGAUAUGUUCGCCCUUGAGCCUGCCACCGGUCACAAAAAGGACGACGGCACUCAAGCCGUGCGCAUCCCUGAGGCCAAGCAACUAGAUCGCAGUAUGCUUGAUGAUUGGGACGAUCCCGAAGGCUACUACCGUAUCAUUCUAGGCGAGCUUCUUGAUGACCGCUAUCAUGUUCAAACCAAUCUUGGAAAAGGUGUUUUCUCUGCAGUCGUUCGUGCUCUGGAUGCCACCACUAAUCGCACUGUUGCCAUCAAGAUCAUACGUACCCAGGAAUCCAUGUACAAAGCUGGUAUGAAGGAGAUUGAGAUUCUGCAAAAGCUAGCCGAAGCAGAUCCCGAGGACAAGAAGCAUAUCAUUCGUCUUGAACGUCACUUCGAGCACAAGGGCCAUCUUUGCAUGGUCUUUGAAAACCUGAGUAUCAACCUUCGUGAGGUGCUGAAGAAAUUCGGCCGCGACAUAGGUAUCAACAUCAUAGCAGUGCGUCAAUACGCUCUGCAGAUGUUCCUUGGUCUUACUCUGCUCAAGAAGUGCGAGAUCCUGCACGCGGACUUGAAGCCCGACAAUGUUCUCGUCAACGAGAAGCGCAACCAGCUCAAGAUCGCCGAUUUGGGCUCCGCCAUGUCUGCUGACGACAACGACAUUACUGAUGCUCUUGUGUCUCGCUUCUACCGUGCUCCAGAAAUCAUGCUCGGCAUCAAGCACGACUACGCUAUUGACAUGUGGAGCAUUGGCUGUACCCUCUUCGAGCUUUAUACCGGAAAGAUCUGCUUCACUGGCUCCACCAACAACCAGAUGCUCAAGGGAAUAUUGGAAUGCCGUGGCAAGAUCCCGAAUCGUAUGCUCAAGAGAUCCGAGUUCUGGUCACAGCAUUUCGAGCCUGAUGGUACUUUUUUGAGCCAGGAGAUUGAUAAUAUAACUCGUCGGGAAGUGGUACGCCGUAUGAACAUCACCAGGACCGUACCCGCCAAGGAGCUCAAGGCGCGGUUGUUUGCCAGCUCCAAAGGAUUGAGCCCUGCUGAUGCCAAAGAGUUGAAUCUCUUCGCUGAUCUUCUGGAUAAGUGUCUUGCCGUCGACCCCGUAAGAAGGAUCAGUCCUACGGAUGCUCUCAAACAUCCAUUCAUUCUUCGACCUGGACCCGUUCCUCCCAAUAACACCAAAUAAAUGAACUGCAUAGCUAUUUGACACGACUCUGGUUUGGAAGUGAUCGUGCGUUUCGAUAGUCACACGCGUGACAGUCUUCGACACACGGGGACGUGGAAACCGGAAUGUUCACCGUCCAUGAAGCAGACAGGAAGAGAAGUAAAAGUCGUCGAUCCUCGAUGUUGUUUUGACUGCCGUACUCUACGGGUAUCCCUUGAGAACAGAAAAC